AAGUCCUAGAUUUUCCUUCUUCGACCCAAAUGGCAUCUUCUAUGCCCGUAUGGUCAAUCACAAGGUGCAAAUCUGUAGCAGUCCCACCUGCUAAGCCAACACCUCACGAAUUCAAGAACCUUUCAGAUCAUGAUUCCUCGGAGUUCCUUCAGAUGCAGGUUCCUUUCAUACAUCUGUACCACUGCAAUCCUUUCAUGGGAGGGCAGAACCCGGCCCAGGUCAUUAGAGAUGCGGUUGCAAAGGCGCUCGUCUUCUACUACCCGUUUGCGGGCAGACUUAGGAAGCUGCCGGACGAGAAGCUGAUGGUAGAGUGUACUGGUGAGGGCGUGCUGUUCAUAGAGGCGGAUGCUGAGUUUAGAAUCGAGCAGUUGGGAGGUGCACCGAAGCCGCCGUUCCCAUGCAUGAAGGAGCUUCUCUACGACAUCCCGGGCUCAACAGGCAUAUUUGAUUGCCCUUUGGUGUUAAUUCAGGUGACCCGUUUGGCGUGCGGGGGUUUCAUUUUGGCCACCAGAGUAAACCACAUGAUAUGCGACUUGACUGGGUACAUGCAGUUCAUGACGGCAAUGGCUGAGAUUGCACGAGGAGCACUGGCCCCAUCUAUUCGGCCCAUAUGGCAAAGAGAUCAGCUAUUCAAUUCUAGUGACCCAUCUUGCAGUUCUCACCAGUUUGACAAUGAGGCUGACCUACCCAUCCAACUCGGCCAUAUGGAAGAACAGAUUUUCUUCUUUGGCCCAAGUGAGAUUUCCGCCUUGAGGAAGCACGUGCCACCCUGCUUCCACCCGUGCUCUAGAUUCGAUCUAUUGACAUCAUGCCUCUGGCGAUGCCGCACGGUAGCCCUUGGUGUUGAACCUGAUAAGGAAGUUAGGCUGAUAUGCAUGGUCAAUGCACGUGCCAAAUGCAACCCACCACUGCCUGCUGGCUACUACGGCAAUGUGUUGGCAUUUUCGAUGGUAGGGACGACGGCAGGGAAGCUAUGUGAGAAUCCAUUGGAAUACACAGUGGAGUUGGUCAAGAAAGCAAAAGCGCAAGUGACAGCCGAGUACAUGCAGUCAGCUGCAGUCGUACGCAUGGGCAAACCUGGCCUUCCGUCGGCAAGCGUAUAUUGUGUUUCGGAUUUUACACGUGCUGAGUUAAGAGAUUUUGAUUUUGGGUGGGGUAAGGCAGUUUUUGGUGGGCCAGCUUUCGGGAUCAUGGACCACAUUAUGAGGCUGGGAAGCAUUUAUACUCGGUUUCGGAGCAGCCAAGGAGAGGAUGGUGUUGUUGUGCCCGUUCGAUUGCCAGUUCGAGCCAUGAAACGGUUCUCAGCUGAGCUCAAGAGCAUGACAACGGAUCCCAUGCACCGGAGCUACAUUAAGUCUGCUAUAUAAAUACUAUUAAAAUGCACGUGCAUGGAAUCACUUGAAUUAUAAUAAUACAAGGUUGAAAUA